CAUGAUUCUAAUUGGUGCCAUGUUGCAGAUGGUAGAGGGCCAGUUAAUCCAGAAGGGGUGCAAUAUUAUAAUAACUUGAUCAAUGAACUCAAGAAAUAUGGAAUUGAACCUCAUGUCACUCUUCUUCACUUUGACCUCCCCCAAUCUUUGGAAGAUGAAUAUUCUGGACUCUUGAGCCCAAAGAUUGUAGAGGACUUCACUGCUUAUGCUGAUGUGUGCUUUAGAGAGUUUGGGGAUAGAGUGAAAUACUGGAUCACUGUCAAUGAGCCAAACGUUGAACCCAUCCUUGGCCAUGAUCUGGGAAUAUUUCCACCAAAUCACUGCUCUUCCUCCUUGGCCUCUUCCCUUGGCCUCAAUUGUAGCAAAGGGAAUUCAUCUGUUGAACCAUAUGUAGCUGGUCAUAACCUUUUGCUUUCCCAUGCAUCAGCAGUCUCCCUAUACAGAAAAAAUAUCAGCCAAAUCAAGGGGGAUAUAUUGGAAUUACCUUACUAGGGAUCUGGUUUGAGCCAGCUACAAGAUUACCAGAUGAUAUAGCAGCAGUUAAUAGAGCACUCGAUUUUCUAAUAG